AUGGGCGUUAACGAAACUAAAUGGGUUUGUGAACAUACAACAUUGUUUCAAACUAAUCCCAAAGGAAUAUUCUACAACGAAGACCCUUUAAACUACACGUUAACGGUGGUCCUUUUACAGGCCUCCAUAGCGUGCUUAGCCUCCUUAUUCUUCGAGUUUCUUCUUGUCCCCAUUGGGGAGACUACCUUCAUUCCACAUGUGCUGGCAGGGUUGGUACUGGGACCAUCACUUUUGGGGAAAACUUUAAACCUUAAAAAGUUGUUCUCCCCAAAAACUAUCUACAUAGCUGAGGCACUCUCUCGUUUCGGGGUGAUGGUGUUUCUGUUCUUGGUGGGAGUGAAGGUAGAUCCACUUUUAAUUUUUAGAACAGGGAAAAAGACUUGGGCCAUUGGGUUGGGUUCUUGUCUAUUGCCACUCGGUUUUAGCGUAUGUUCAGCUUAUAUUAUAAGGCUAUAUUUGUCCCCGGAAUCAGAAAUCUACAAGGCCUUAUAUUUUAUUUCGACUUUCUCAUCAGCUGGUUCCUUUCAAGCCACUGCAAGUGCAGUGCAUGAUUUUAAGCUCCUAAAUUCCGAGGUUGGUCGAUUAGCGGUCUCUUCAUCUAUGAUAAAUGGAGCGUUCAGUGCGAUGUGGCAAGGCAUGGUAGUCUCACAGCGUCCAAAAGUUAUGCGAAAAAAACCAGACGGAUAUCUGACAUUGGGUAUCCUCAGUCUGAUUGCACUGGUGCUUAUCAUAAUUUGUAUUCUUCGACCUAUCAUGUUAUGGAUGACACGCAUGACACCCAAAGGGAAACCCGUGAAAGAGUCCUACAUAAUUUCCAUCUAUGUCAUGAUGUUGGGGUGUUCACUCUUUAGUGAGGCCAUUGGGGAGCACUACAUGCUUGGACCAUUGAUUUUUGGCCUAGCAGUGCCAGAAGGUCCACCUAUUGGAGCAGCAUUGGUGGAUAGGCUAGAUACCCUCAUCUCGGGACUGCUUAUGCCAUUGUUCUUCUUCUCUUCCAGUGCUAGAUUCAGUGCCGAUAUACUUAAUUUCACUGACUUCACAAUUGUACAACUAGUGGCCUUAGGUAACUUCUUUGCCAAGAUUGCAGGAGUCGUGUUACCCUCUCUCUAUUGCAAGAUGUCAUUCACCGAUGCAAUCUCCUUAGGUCUCAUCCUUAGUGCCCAAGGCAUAUCACAGUUGGUGCACUUGCAAAGUUUACAAACCUUUAAGAUUAUAGAUGAUAUGAUAUACUCGCAAAUGGCGAUAGCUUUAGUAUGGUUGACAGCAGCUUCCAGCCCUAUAGUCAAAUUAUUGUAUGACCCAUCUAAAAGUUACUUGUCUCUAACAAGGUGGAGAACCGUUGAGCAUGCUCCUCCCGACAUUGAACUCCCCAUCAUUGCAUGCAUACACUGUGAGGAAAACACUCCAACCAUGAUCAAUUUUCUAGAAAUAUCUAACUCUAGAGUUGAAAGUCCCAUUUACUUCCAUGUUCUACACCUACUUCAACUCAAAGGAAGAUCAGCCCCACUUAUGAUAGAUCAUGAUCUCAAGAGCAACACCCAUCUAUGGCGCUCUAAUCGCUCAGUCAGCAUAAUAAAUGCCUUUAAAUCAUAUGAGCAACAAUGCAGUAACGUGCAGGUCAAAGUCUACACAUGUAUCUCCCCUUAUGAGACAAUGCACGACGAGGUAUGCAUGCAGGCUGCAGAGAAAAGAGCAUGCAUAUUAAUUGUGCCUUUUCACAGGCACUUUAGAAGAACUGGGAUUAUAGAAUUAUCAAACCCCGUCAGAGCAUUGAAUCGCCAUUUGCUGAGAACCGCACCUUGUUCCGUUGGGAUCUUAGUUGAACGUGGGAGUUUGGUUAACAACAACCCUCUAACAACUGUAUCCUUUUAUAAUGUUGCAGUUGUAUUUAUAGAAGGACCAGAUGACCGUGAAGCCUUGGCAUAUGCAAUGCGCAUGGCAGAUCACCCCAAUGUAAAAGUCACUGUAAUUAGGAUAACGGGAUCUCGCAGGAAAAGUAGAACUAUGAUCACCAGAGACCCUGAUGCUGAAAUAAUUCACAAGUUUAUGGUUAACUACCUCCAAGUGAAACGCCAUGAUUUCCGAGAGCAAAUUGUGAGAGAUAGUGUUGAAAUGAUUGGCGUGAUUAGGGAAUUCGAUGGUUGCUUUGAUUUGAUUUUGGUGGGUCGACGCCACGAGAGUGAGUCUUCAAUGUUCUAUGGAAUGAAUGAGUGGAAUGAGUACCCAGAACUUGGGUCUGUAGCAGACAUGUUGGUGUCUUCAGAUUCUACCUUUGACGGGUCAGUUUUGGUGGUGCAGCAACAAAAUAAAGUAGGGACGCAUGUUAUUCGUCAAGAUUGUCACAAUUUAGAAAAUUCGGUCCCUAGGCGUGAACUACCAACCGUUUUGGAUGUGCAGCCUAAACCAUCGGGGUGGCCAAUUCUUUAA